GCUGCCAGAGACUCGCCGCCCGUGUCCGCCCCGAGCCACGACGACGAUGCCCAGAAUGAGUCGGAGGCCGAGACGGUGGUGCUGUCUGACGCCGGCAUCAAGACCGAGGACGAUGUCGAAGAUGUAGUUGUGCGCCCGGCUGCGAGCUCUACGUCGAAGGAAACCAACGGCGCCAAGCACGGCCGCGAGCAUGACGGCAAGAUGUCUGCUCCCGCGUCGCCCAGCAGCCGCACUACCUCGCGGCCAGAGCAACAUAGGAGCCCUGUCGAGCCGCCUGAGUCACCCUCUCACACGCCGUCGUCCCCGUUGCGCCCCGUCACCACACGAGGCAGAAGCCUGUCUGCGCUUGAGUCCCGCAAGCGCAAGCUGCGCGAAGACUCCAGUCCCAAGGCCGCCGAGCCAGCACGCCAGAAGCCGAAGAUCGACGGCCUCGCGCGCGAAACCUCCGGCCAUCGCAACCAGGACCCCUCGCCUGCGCCGUCUGGCACCCACCCGCACAAACGGUCCGCGUCUACGCAGUCUGUCUUGCAAGGUGUGCAAGGCCGCAGGAGGCGCGAUCUGUCCUCCAUCGUCCUGCCGUCCAUGGAGCGCAAGACGUGGUCUGAGUCGAGCUCCGAGACGUCCUCCUCCCCACGACCCGUCCUGACGCCUAAUAUCCCUCCUCACGCACGUGUCAAGCGAUCGUCGCAUCGCGCCCUGACGUCCCCGGCGCGCGCAAUGAUGCCUAAGAAAAACGUAGAUCGUUUUGGCGCAACCAGACUGGCUAGGGAAUGCGAAAAGGGCGACCUCGAAGCGGUACAAGCAGCCUUCAACGCGGCCCCAGAGGAGCUGAACCAGGAGGACUUUGCCGGAAUUGCGCCUCUCCAGAAGGCAUCACUCAACGGACAUUCCGAGAUUGUGGAGUUCCUGCUCGACCAAGGCUGCCGUACCGAUUGCGAAUCGAACGACCGAGACACGCCUCUGAUUGACGCUGUAGAGAAUGGCCAUUUGGAGGUAGUGAAGCUAUUGCUCGGGAAAGCCAAAGUCAAUCCCCACCACCAAAACAAAAAGGGCCAACGCGCUAUUGACGUACUGAACGACGACGAAGACGAUAUGAAGGAGAUUGAAAAAGAGCUAAAGCAAGCUAUGCGCCGCGAAACCAACACACUGGAGGACGAAGAUAACGCUACCGGCGCAAGUGAGCAGAGAACAACAUCACGACUAUUGUACAAUGAGUUCAACACCGAGACCCUCAUCGAAAAAGCUGGUGAAGGCGACAUACUGGCAGUAGGGGAAUUGCUGAAUAGCAAUAUCAAGCCCAACAUUGCUUGCGGGGUUGCGGCUGCUCGUGGAGGUCAUUAUGACAUCUUGAGCAUUCUCUUAGCCAGUGGGCUGAAAGCGGACCCAGAUCCUUCCAAGCACAGCGAGACUCCUAUGCUCGUUACCAUUGGGAGAGGCCAUCUCAAAAUCAUCAAACUGAUACUAGAGCAGGAUUCUUUCGAUCCUACGAAACGCAACCGUGAAGGCCGGACUUACUUUGAGUUAUCCGAGGAAAGAGAAGGGCCUAAAUGGGAGCAGGAGAGGGAUCUCUUGAAGGCGGCGUACGACAGGCACCGUGUUGAACACAAGAGCCCGAAACGCAAUAGGAAGGAAGCACAAAACGCUGCCCCAGCCCGCCCGAAGAGAAAGUCAUCGCCCCAACGCGAGCGCUCCUCUUCGCCACGACACGAGACUAAAAGGACUCAACACACCAAGUCCUUCACAGCCCCACAGAAAACGAGAGGACGGCUCAUAUCGGGCCGCCAAUUGUCCAAUCAACGAGAUGCCAAGAAACGACGAAGACAGGUGGUCGACGAUGAGACGGCGUCGUCUUCAGAAAUCGACGAAAGCCCGGAGCCUCAAAGGAAACCCGUAGCGAAGCGAAGGUCUUACAGUGAAGACCAGGAGCAAAAGCCACCAAAGAGGGCCAUCAAGUCUCGGGUAGAGAACCGGGAGUCGAAGAGACGUGCCAGUGGAGCUCAUUCAGGAGACAGCGAAGAAGAGGAACAUCGAAAGCCCAUCAAGAAGCCACUUAACAAGCCACGCCCUGGCGAACGGGAGAGGUCGCGUGAUGUCAAACCAACUCCGGAUGCGGAGUCCCCCGAUGACAGGAAGGCUAUCAAGAAGAUGCUCGCCAAGGCCCGCACCAUUGAAAGAGAAAAGAGCAGGGAGUCGAAGGUCACCGUUGAAGACAAGUCCGGAGACGACGCCAAAGCUAAGAAAGCGCCGGUUCCAGCUACCGAAUCUAAGAAAGCGUCAGCUCCACCAGAGAAGGCUACAACGCCAGAGUCAGUCCUUCAAUCCCGCCGUGAAGAUGCUGAGCGACGAGCCGCGGAGGCCAAACGCAAAGCUGCCGAAGAAGAAGCCGCGCGGAAAGCGGAAGAAGAGGCGGCACGUAAAGCUGAAGAGGAAGCGAUAGCACGCAAAGCUGCAGAGGCGGAGGCUGAAGCCAAGAGGAUAGCGGAUGAAGCCGCACGUAUCGCUGCGGAAAACGAAGCAAAGAGAUUGGCAGAAGAAAAGGCUAAAGAGGUUGCACGCUUGCAACGCCUAUCAAAGCUCCCUAGGGUGUUAAAACGUGCCGCUGAAUUGGGCUCAAAUCGCCCCUUGCAUUUCUCUGGAGAUGAGAUGGGAAUCUCGGCCGGGUUCUUGCCGCUUUACAAAGUUGCAUUGCAGGACAUUGACUCCAGUGUCCAAACAGAUGAUCCAUGGAUGAUGUCCUUUCAAGCGGCUGGAAUUCUCGGGCUCCCAGAACUUGAUCUGGCCUACAUGGACCCACCUUACUCGGAAUGGUCGCGCAAAGAGGUCACUCCACAGCAAAGAGAGCUGUUUCUGCGGAAAUAUGACAUAGCGAAACUUGCCCAGGAUUUCCGAUUCCCCAUGGAGGGCGAGGAAGAGUUUGACUAUGAGAAAAUUCAGCGAAGUAUCAAUGAUACCAAGCAGCAGUUUCUCAAUAUGGAAGGCUUGUACUGGAUACCCCUUGAGAGUUUUGCGAUGGUCGCCAGGGAGAUUCCUGCUCUGAAAGAUUUGAUG